AUGGCGGGUGGCGGCGGAAAGAAUAGCGGCCUCCUGAAGAUGGAGAUUGAAUGGGAUGCGAAGGGAAAGGGUGAGCCUUAUAAUAGCAAGAACAAGGUUAGGGAUCAGAUGUCGUCAAGGAUUUCCACUUCUGAAUUGGAGAUUCAGGAAGCCAAGGUUAUGGGAGGUGAAGCCAAGGUGAGGGAUGAUGAGGUGGGGAUGGGAGACGAGCAGUUCUUUGAUAUCUACUGCCGUGUCCUAAAAUCGAAUUGGUGCAGAUUGUUCAGCCGUUCCAGCACAACAGAUAGCACCUCAUUGAGUCCUAUGCACUUCACACACAGUACAACGGGAUGCACCCCUUAUGCUGCUUUUGCCGGCAGCACCCUGCAGAUGUACUCCAUCAAAGUCACUGAAAUAAAAGAAGCUCUAGGGUUGCAGUGGCCACUGCAUGUGUACGGCAUGGUUGCCGCCCGAGAUACUGUGGAUGACAAUCGCAAUACUAUCUUCCUCCGUGAAAGAUACAACUGCCAAAUACUCACUCAAGAGGAUUCUUGUUUGCACUUGACUGGCCCAUCUCGUGCAAUUGUGGCUACAGGACAUGUUGACUUUGAUAUCGAACUGAAAGUGAGGGGCAGAACAAAAUCUAAAGAUAGAGUUCUAAUGAGUAGAACCUUCAAGUACAGCAGCAUUUACAGUUGUCCACCAACCACUCUGUUCGGUGAGUUUUGCCAAAUUGAGUUACAGUUUGAGAAACUAGAAAACACGGUCCAAGCAACUAUAGUGGGCGUCCGCGUUACUGAACCAAGGAGGACUUGGCCUUUCAAAAAUGGUGGUCUUGUUAUUUGUGUUGCCAAGGGAUUUUCUAAGCCUGGUGAUCUUGAAGGUAGAGUGGCUAAGCCAGAUGUGCCUAAAGAUAAGCAUGAACUCUCUAAAGAAGUCGUACUUCAAGAUCAAGUGAUGGCUAACCACUCAGAUGGUUAUGUUGAUUUGUCGAGGCAUGUUGUUUCUGUAGAAUUAGGCGGGAAGCUGGAAGUUAUCAUCACUGAGUGGUCAGAAUCUCACGCUUUCAUUAAACACAAAGUUCAUGUCUUCUUCGAAGCCCAAAAAAGCAAAAUAAGUCGGAAAACAUGUUAUAUUGGCCACUCGACGGUGGAGGUUACUGUUGCUUGGUCCUUGCUUCUUCAAGAUGAAGGUCAAGCCAAGGAGAUGGAUGAGCUGUCGCCAAGGAUUUUCACUUCUGAAUUGGGGACUGAGGAAGCUAAGGAGAUGGGCAGUGAAGCCAAGGGCAUGGUUCGGUCUGAGCUCUACUCCUUUCUUGAUCUUAUCUCCAAGAACGUCAUGAAGCUAAAAGCCGAGUCGAAGCUGAGGAUUAACUCCUAUAGCAGGAAUGAGAUCCAGAUCCACAUGGAUGGCAUGCACCGCGAGGUGACGAGUUUGCUGCAGAUGAUUGAGAAUCAGGCUCCAAGGAAUGUCGAUUUCCAACUGAAGUCAAUCUUGAAAAGCUUGAAGCAGAUUCACACCAUGUUGUUGGAUGAGGUAUCGUCGACGAUUUCAACUUCUGGGUUGGAGAUUGAGGAAGCCAUGGGGAUGGGAGGGGAAGCCAAGGGGAGGGAUGAGGUAUUGCCCACUUCCGCUAAGACAAAAUUGGAGUUGUUGGGAAGGGAAGCCAAUAUGCACAAGGUACUGACUGAGGAGGAGUCCUUUGAUCGGUACCGACGUGGCUGGGUAUCAAAUUGGUCCGCAUUGCAUGGUACCUUCACAGAGAUGACGACAUUGAGUUCUAUGCACUUCACACACAGUACACCAGGAGACACUCCAUUUGCUGCUUUCGUCUCCAGCACUCUACAGAUGUACUCCAUCAAAGUCGCUGAAAUAAAAGACGCUCUUGAGUUGCAGUGGCCACUGCGAGUGUACGGUGUGGUGGCUGCCAGGGACACUGUCGAUCGCAAUCGCAACAUUCUGUUCUCCCAUCGGAGAGAUGACUACCAAGAACUGAACCAACAUGAUCCUUUUCUACGCUUGACUGGCCCGUCUCGUGCAAUUGUGGCUGAGGAACCUGUUCAUGUGGAAAUCGAGCUGAAAGUGAAGGGCAGAACAAAGUCUGAAGAUAGAGUGUUGAUGAGUAGAGUCUGGUAUUACAGCGAUAGGUUAUGUACUCUAUAUACUCCUCUUGCCGGGAAGUUUUGCACACUAGUGUUAAGCUCUGAAGAGCUUGAAAAUUCAGUCCAAGCCACUAUCGUGGGUGUCCGCGUUACUGAAGGGAUGCCAUGGCCUUUUGAGUAUGGAGGCCGAGCUGUUUGCUACUCUCCGCCUCGGAAAGGAAUAUUGCCUGAUUCUAAACACACUACUGCGCCCUCAUUUCGUCAAGUUGUGCUUGAAGAUGGAGCAAUGGCUAUGGGUUCAAAUGGCUACCUUGCCCUCUCAAGGCAAGUUGUUUCUGUAGAAUUACGUGGAAGGCUUGAAGUUUGCAUUUAUGCCUACUCACAAAGUCAGGAUAUCGCUGCGCACAGCCGUGUUUCCAUCAAGGCUCAAAAUUGCAAUGUAACUCAGCAUAAAUGUCGCCUUGGCGACUCUGAGCUGGAGAUAACUGUUGCUUGGUCCCGUCUUGUUCAAGACAAGGGGUUUAUCUCAAACGAAGUAAGUGUCAAACUUUGA